CUCUCACGUGGCUCAGCCCGCUGUAGGGAGAGGUCACCGGCGAGCCAUGGCAGGCCCCAGGCUUUGGUUUCCGCUGCUGCUGGUGGCAGCGUUCGCGACCUGGGCAACGGCCCUAUGGCCCUGGCCCCAGUACAUCCAAACCUCCCACCAGUACUACAACCUUUCCCCCUACAAAUUCCAAUUUCGGUACCACACCAGGUCCGCCGCGCAGCCGGGCUGCUCUGUCCUCGAUGAGGCCUUCCUACGCUACCGUAAAGUGCUCUUCGGUUCGGGUCCUUGGCCCCGUCCUAACUUAUCAGAAAAACAGGAGAAAAUAAAGAAGAACAAGUUGGUUGUCUCUGUGAGCACAGCGGGAUGUACUGAUUUUCCUACUUUGGAGUCACUGGAGAACUACACCCUGACCAUAAAUGAUAAGCGGAUUUUACUCGUCUCUCAUAGUGUCUGGGGAGCUCUCCGAGGCCUGGAGACUUUUAGCCAGGUGGUUUGGAGAUCGUCUGAUGGCGCGUUCUUUGUCAACAAGACGAAGAUUGAGGACUUUCCUCGCUUCCCUCACCGGGGUUUGCUGUUGGAUACAUCUCGACAUUACCUGCCACUGUUUAGCAUACUGGACACACUGGAUGUCAUGGCAUACAAUAAAUUCAACGUGUUCCACUGGCAUAUUGUAGAUGACUCUUCCUUCCCAUAUGAGAGCACCACUUUUCCAGAGCUCACCAGAAAGGGGUCCUACAACCCUGUCACCCACAUCUAUACAACACAGGAUGUGAAGGAGGUAAUUGAAUAUGCUCGGCUUCGGGGUAUCCGUGUGCUGGUAGAAUUUGACACUCCUGGCCACACUUUGUCCUGGGGACCAGGUAUCCCAGGGUUAUUGACUCCUUGCUACUCUGAGUCUCGGCCCUCUGGCACCUUUGGACCAGUGAACCCCAGUCUCAACAAUACCUAUGAGUUCAUGAGCACAUUCUUCCUGGAGAUCAGCUCUGUCUUCCCAGAUUUUUAUCUUCACCUUGGAGGAGAUGAGGUUGAUUUCACCUGCUGGAGAUCCAAUCCAGAUAUCCAAGCCUUCAUGAAGAAGAAGGGCUUUGGUGAUGACUUCAAGCAGCUGGAGUCUUUCUAUAUCCAGACGCUGCUGGACAUCGUCUCUGCUUAUGGCAAGGGCUAUGUGGUGUGGCAGGAGGUGUUUGAUAAUAAAGUAAAGGUUCGGCCAGACACCAUUAUACAGGUAUGGCAAGAAGAGUUACCAGUAGGCUACAUGAAGGAGUUGGAUCUGAUCACUAAGGCUGGCUUCCGGGCCCUACUUUCUGCCCCCUGGUACCUAAACCGUAUAACUUAUGGCCCUGACUGGAAGGACUUCUAUAAAGUGGAGCCCCUGGAUUUUAAAGGUACCCCUGAGCAGAAGGCUCUGGUGAUUGGUGGAGAGGCCUGUAUGUGGGGAGAGUAUGUGGACAGUACAAACCUGGUCCCCAGGCUCUGGCCCAGAGCAGGGGCUGUUUCUGAAAGGCUAUGGAGCAAGAGUUCAAUGACUGAUGUGAAGUUUGCCUUUCAACGUUUGUCACACUUUCGCUGUGAAUUGCUGAGGCGAGGUGUCCAGGCCCAGCCCCUCAACAUAGGCUACUGUGAACAGGAGUUUGAGUAGACCUGAGCCAGCAGCCCCAGGCACCAAGGAGGGUGCUGGCCCUAGGAGAGCAGUAGUGGGGCCAGGCUUCCACUGCAUCCUGGCUGGGGGAAGGAGCCCCUUGCCCACGUGCCCCUGUGCCUGGAGAGAAGGGGGCCAGUGCUGGCACUGGUGUUCAAUAAAGAGUGGUGUGGCAUUUUUCUAUA